CGUUUGAGGGAUCCACCUCUUUUAAACCUUAACUCGUCAGUCCUGUAAAUUGCUGUGAACAGGGGAGUGAGAGCGCCAGACCACCGGAGGACCCUGAGCAUAAUAAUGGACGGAUCAGCUAGAGGACAAACCAAGAAAAAGGUUGUGGCAGUGGUGGGCGGUGGUUUGGUUGGUGCUCUGAAUGCCUGCUUCUUUGCCAAAAGAGGUUUUAAUGUGGAAGUGUUUGAAACUCGGGAAGAUAUCCGAGAAGCCAAAGUUGUGAAGGGGAGAAGCAUCAACCUGGCUUUGUCUCACAGAGGCCGACAAGCGCUAAAACAUGUUGGAAUGGAAGAGAAGAUUAUCUCCCAGGGGAUCCCAAUGCAUGCAAGAAUGAUCCAUUCACUCAAUGGGAAACAGUCUCCAAUCCCUUAUGGCAAGAAAGGCCAGUACAUUCUGUCAGUGGACCGAGCCAACCUGAACAAACAGCUGCUAACAGAGGCAGAGACGUAUCCAAACACAAAGUUGAACUUCGACCACAAACUGCAGGACUGGAGUCCUGAAUCAGGGCUAAUGACCUUUGCCAGGGCAGACGGAUCCAAGGACCAGAUUAAGGCGGACCUGAUCGUAGGCUGCGAUGGAGCUUUCUCCGCGAUCCGCAAGCAGUUCCUCCGCCGCAGCCGCUUCAACUACAGCCAGACCUACAUCCCCCACGGCUACAUGGAGCUCACCAUGCCUCCGCUCGAUGGAGAGUUUGCCAUGAAGCCUAAUUAUCUGCACAUCUGGCCACGGAACACCUUCAUGAUGAUUGCUCUGCCCAACAUGGACAAGACCUUUACCUGCACCCUCUUCAUGCCCUUUGAGGAUUUUGAGAAGAUCACCACAGGAGAUGAGGUCAUCACCUUUUUCCAGAAAUACUUCCCUGACGCCAUCCCACUAAUUGGAGAGGACGCCCUCAGGAGAGAUUAUUUCCGACUGCCUGCCCAGGCCAUGGUGUCCGUCAAAUGCUCACCCUAUCACAUUGGAGACAAAUGCGUCCUGAUGGGCGACGCGGCCCACGCCGUGGUGCCCUUCUACGGGCAGGGGAUGAACGCUGGCUUUGAGGACUGCAUAGUGUUCGACGAAAUAAUGGAACAGUUAAAUGAGGAUUUCAGUGCUGUGCUGCCCGAGUAUACCAGAGUGCGGGUUCCGGACGAUCAUGCAAUUGCAGACCUGGCCAUGUACAACUACAUUGAAAUGCGAGCACACGUCAACUCCAAAUGGUUCCUUUUCAGAAAGCGUGUUGACAACCUGCUCCACUUCCUCAUGCCAAAGGCUGUGAUUCCACUUUACACAAUGGUCACUUUCACCAGGACCAGAUACCAUGAAGCCGUGGAGCGCUGGCACUGGCAAAACAAAGUGAUAAACCGUAGCCUGCUGCUCGGUGCUGUGGGAGCAGCUUUGGGAGGCUCCUACGUGCUCAUUAAAAAUCCUCCAGAUAUCAACAAGCUCAUCAUCCCCGCUGAACAAAUGUGGAACAGGCUUGUGGCCCUCAGGACCCGCUGAUCACCGACGCCACCUCUAAUCUGGCAGACAGACAGGCGUGAAGACCGGGUGGUAGACACUAGAAUCAUUUUAAUUAGUUUCUGGAUUGCCUAGCUCGCAACGACGGCUGUAAUAAGAAGGGCCUUAAGUGAUAAUAACAUUUUACACUAAUGGUUACAACGGGAGGGCUUAACAGAUGAGUUUGGCGACAUUUCGGUUUGACUGUUAACUUUUAUUGUGAUAACAAAAUGCAAGUAUUAAACUGAGGCUCACAGACUGAGUCGAGGUAUAUGAGGAUGUGAGUUUAUGGGGCUGUUUUUGCACAACUGAAAAAAUAAAGUUACCUCAGCUCAUA